GUCACUUCCGAGGCCGGAGACAAAAUGGCGCCCGGAUGGUACCGGAGCUGAGGCCGUUCCGUGCCGCUCCGAGCCGGGCCGCAGGCGGCGGCAGCGGUGCAGGGCUCAUGUAAUCAAAGGAGUUUCUUUGUUGUGUGUGUCUUUUCAGAACACAACAGGAAUUCAAAAUGAAUCAGAACACAACUGACUCUACUGUCGCUGUGGAGACCUUAGAUGAUGUACCUGAGCAUGUGCUUAGGGGGCUUCCUGAGGACGUGAGGCUCUUCCCAUCUGCUGUUGACAAGACACGACUUGGUGUCUGGGCAACAAAAUCAAUUUUAAAAGGCAAGAAGUUUGGACCAUUUGUUGGUGACAAGAAAAAAAGAUCUCAAGUUAAAAGCAAUGUAUACAUGUGGGAGGUGUAUUACCCAAACUUGGGAUGGAUGUGUGUUGAUGCGACGGAUCCAAAGAAAGGGAACUGGCUGCGGUAUAUAAACUGGGCACGUUCAGGAAAGGAGCAAAAUCUGUUUCCUCUGGAGAUCAACAGGACCAUAUACUACAAAAGUUUAAAGCCAAUCGCGCCCGGCGAGGAGCUGUUGGUGUGGUACAAUGGGGAGGACGACCCGGAGAUAGCCGCCGCUAUUGAGGAAGAGCGAGCCAGCGCCCGCAGCCGGCGGCACUCCCCGAAAGCCAAGAAAGGAAAGAAAAAGGCUCAGGAAGCUAAAAACAAGGGAAAGAAGGCAGCGGAUACAAAGCAGAAAAAGGCUGAUUUGGAUUCUACUUCCGCAGAUAUGAGGGAUUCUAAAGAGGGUCAUAAAGAGGAAGAUGAAACACCUUCUGUUUCUGCUGUACUGUCCCUGGAACAAACAGCUGUGAUUCAGGAAAUGGUAAACCAAGAUGUACUUCCAAAGCUGAUGAUCCCCAGUCCUGCCAGUGAGCUACAAAUAGUGACUGAAGACAAACAAGGAGAAGCAAUAAACUGUGCAUCAGAUGAUUUAGAUGAUGAUGAAGAGGAGGAUGAUGAUGAGGAGGAUGAUGACGACGAGAUAGAAGAUACCGAUAUGCCUAAAGAAAAUGCUGAAAUGCCUUUGAUAUGUGAAGAAAAGUUAGACUCUAUGGAAGAGCAAAAGAGUACGUCAGAAGAAUCUCCAGAAAGCUCUCCAAAGAAAAAACUUGUUGUGAAAAUUCCAAAAGCAAGAGGUGAAUCAAAUGGCGAUGUUCAGGAAACAUUCAUGUUUCCCUGUCAGCAUUGUGAGAGGAAGUUUACAACAAAGCAAGGACUUGAACGCCACAUGCACAUCCAUAUAUCUACUGUUAACCAUGCUUUCAAGUGUCGAUACUGUGGGAAAGCCUUUGGUACUCAAAUUAACAGGCGAAGACAUGAGCGACGCCAUGAGGCAGGGCCAAAAAGGAAACCAUUCUUAACACUAACAUCAUCGCAACACUUGGAUAAUGUUGCUGAUAACCAAGUAAUUGUGGAUGAUGGUCUUAAAGAUGAUCUGAAUGUUUCCAGUCUUGUGCAAGACUCUGUUGUCUUGGAUUCUGAGAAAGUUUCCCAAGAAAUGUCAAACUCUGCUUUUGCUGAGGAAAAUAAGGAGCCCAAAGAAUUGCACCCAUGCAAAUACUGCAAAAAGGUUUUUGGAACUCACACCAAUAUGCGGAGGCAUCAGCGUAGGGUUCAUGAGCGUCAUCUUAUUCCCAAAGGUGUCAGAAGAAAAGGAUUCUUUACUGAAGAGCCAUCUCUUCAGACAGAGCAGGCCCCCCCAGUCCAGAGUGUAUAUAUAGCAAGUACAGAAAUAGAAGAGGAAGGUGAAGUAGAUGAUGUCUAUAUUAUGGAUAUUUCCAGCAAUAUCUCUGAAAAUCUAAAUUAUUAUAUUGAUGGUAAAAUCCAGUCCAACAGCAGCACUAGCAAUUGUGAUGUGAUUCAGAUGGAGUCCAACUCUGCAGACUUGUAUGGACUAAAUUGUAUCAUCAGUCCAGUCACAGUGGAAAUCUCCUCAAAUUUAAAGGUUACACAAACACAUGUGAAUGAACCUCCCAAGGAACCCUCGAGCAGUGGGAGCAAUGAAUCCAAAAAGAGGAGAACUGCCAGCCCUCCUCUUGUACCAAAAAUAAAAACUGAAAUAGACCCAGAACCUGUAACUCCUACUAGUUCUUUAAAUCUCCCUCUUAGCAUUUCAACAGAAAGCCUACCUUUUCAUAAAGAAAAAGGUGUUUAUUUGUCAUCAAAAUUAAAACAGCUUCUUCAGACGCAGGACAGUAAGAAGAUAACUCCACCAAGUGAAAUCCCUAAACUAGGACCUUCCGUUACAUCAUCGCCUAUUUUGCCUCCAGUAUCCAGUAGAUUUAAAAGAAGGACCAGCUCUCCUCCCAGUUCUCCACAGCACAGUCCAGUACUUCGAGAUUUUGUCAAAUCAGGUGAGGGAAAAACUGUGUGGAAUGAUAAUAUUCGGAGCUCAAAAAUGCCAAAGUUAGAAAGCCACAGCAACUCACCCGCUUGGAGCUUGACUGGAAGGGAGGAAAAAGAGACUUUGAGCCCUCUUUGCUUUGAAGAUUAUAAAAUAUCAAAAGACUGGGCAGCAGCUCCGACUUUCGGCAAUGUGUGCAACCAGCAGCCACUGGAUUUAUCUAGUGGUGUGAAACAACGGUCUGAUGUUAAAAAUAAGAAUCAGGUUCCCUGGGAAUCUGUUUUAGAUUUAAGUGUGCAUAAGAAGCCUUGCAGCGACGCUGAAAUUAGGGAAUAUAAAGAAAAUUCCAUACAGCCAACCUGCAGUGGUGUUAAAAAGAAGAAACCAACCACUUGCAUGUUACAGAAGGUUCUGCUGAAUGAGUACAAUGGAACGGAUGCAGCCACAGACAGCACGCUCGGUGUAACCAAGAGUGCGAGCCCAAGCAAAUCCCUGGAGCCGCAGGCAGAACCUGAUGUGGAUCCCAAUCUAUCUGCAUCAUCUUCUGUUGACACUCAGCCCCUUGGUUCCUCUGUUUCCCCCGUGCCACAGGCAUCUGCUGUACCUUCCAUGUGCCAGCUGCCUCCUUUGUUAACACCAACCAAUCCUCCUUCCCCACCACCCUGCCCGCCUGUCUUAACAGUUGCUACAUCACCUCCUCCCCUUCUUCCGACAAUGCCGUUAUCAAUUCCCGAUGUCUCUGCCAGUGCCACCAACACUUCUUCUUGCCCGUCGCCACUUUCUAACACUACUACCCAGUCCCCGCUGCCAGUUCUUUCACCUACUGUGUCUCCUUCUCCAUCUCCUGUUCCUUCUGUUGAACCUCUUAUUUCUGCUGCUUCACCUGGUCCUCCUACACUCUCUUCCUCAUCUUCCUCCUCCUCUUCUUCCUCUUUCUCCUCCUCUUCAUCUUCAUCAUCUCCGUCUCCACCUCCUCUUUCUGUAGUUUCUUCUGUUGUUUCCUCUGCUGAUAAUCUUGAAAAUACUCUCCCAAUAAUAAAGCAGGAAGAAGCUGAACAUGAACAACAGAAAGCAAGAGAAGAUCCUCAUACUUCAAGCGAAUCAGGAGUAGUGCAGGAAACAUUCAAUAAAAGCUUUGUGUGCAAUGUCUGUGAAUCACCUUUUCUUUCUAUUAAAGACCUAACGAAGCAUUUAUCCAUUCAUGCUGAAGAAUGGCCCUUCAAAUGUGAAUUCUGUGUACAGCUUUUUAGGGAUAAAACAGACUUGUCGGAACAUCGCUUUCUGCUUCAUGGAGUAGGAAAUAUCUUUGUUUGCUCGGUCUGUAAAAAGGAAUUUGCUUUUUUGUGCAAUUUGCAACAGCAUCAGCGGGAUCUCCACCCAGACAAAGAGUGCACACACCAUGAGUUUGAAAGUGGGACUUUGAGACCCCAGAAUUUUACUGACCCCAAUAAGGCAAACGCGGAGCACAUGCAGAGCCUGCCAGAAGAUUCUUUGGAACCUUCUAAAGAGGAGGAAGAUGAAGAUCUAAAUGAUUCCUCCGAAGAGCUUUAUACUACUAUAAAAAUAAUGGCUUCUGGGGUAAAAUCUAAAGAUCCAGAUGUUCGUAUGGGCCUCAAUCAACACUACCCGAGCUUUAAACCGCCUCCAUUUCAGUAUCACCAUCGUAAUCCUAUGGGUAUUGGAGUUACUGCAACAAACUUCACUACCCACAAUAUUCCACAGACUUUUACUACUGCCAUUCGAUGCACAAAAUGCGGGAAAAGUGUUGAUAACAUGCCUGAGUUACACAAACACAUAUUGGCCUGUGCAUCUGCCAGUGAUAAAAAGAGAUACACACCUAAAAAAAAUCCAAUACCACUGAAACAGACAGUGCAGCCUAAGAACGGCAUGGUUGUUAUAGCUGGCCCUGGAAAGAAUGCCUUCAGACGAAUGGGUCAACCUAAAAGACUUAAUUUCAAUGUUGAGAUUAGCAAAAUGUCCUCAAACAAACUAAAAAUAAGUGCAUUGAAAAAGAAAAACCAGCUUGUCCAGAAAGCAAUCUUGCAAAAAAAGAAAUCUGCCCAGCAGAAGGCGGAAUUGAAAAGUAAUUCAUCCGAGUCAGACCCUCACAUCUGCCCCUACUGUAAUAGAGAGUUUACUUACAUUGGAAGUUUGAAUAAACACGCGUCAUACAGCUGUCCCAAAAAACCCAUCUCUCCCUCCUCUAAAAAGAAUUCUUCAAAAAAAAGUGCAAGUUCUUCUUCACCUGCAAGCAGUGAAAAAGGCAGCAGCCAGCGCAGGCGAACAGCAGAUGCAGAAAUCAAAAUGCAAAGCAUGCAGCCACACUUGGGCAAGACACGAGCACGAACCUCAGGACCCGCACAGAUCCAGCUUCCCUCUGCAUCCUUCAAAUCAAAACAAAAUGUUAAAUUUGUACCUCCCAUUCGAUCUAAAAAGCCAAAUUCGUCUUCGUCAUUGAGGAACUCUAGUCCUGUAAGAGUGUCCAAAAUGUCCCAUGUUGAUGGGAAAAAAACUAAAGUUGCUAAGAACAGUUCCUCUGGAAUCUCAAGCAAAACAUCCCGGAAAUUGCACGUCAGAAUACAAAGGAAUAAUAAAGCUGGGUUGCCAAGUAAAUCUGCUGUGGCAAGUAAGAAAAAGGCAGAUAGAUUCACUGUAAAAUCUAGAGAGAGGAUUGGAGGACCUAUUACACGAAGCCUACAGCAGGCGGCAAAUGCAGAGGCAGCAGAAAACAAAAGAGAUGAAAGCAGUGCAAAGCAAGAACUAAAAGAUUUCAGUUACAGGCUCCGCAUGGCCUCUAGAUGUCCCUCCUCCUCUUCGCAUAACACCAGCACCAGGCAAGGCAAGAAAUCCAACUGCGCCGCAUCCCACUUCUUCAAGGAAUAGACUCUUCUGCACGUCCAACCAAACCAGGUACUAGGAACUUUUGACCUGCUUUUUCUGAGAGGAGGUGAGACCGGUUCCUCUGGAGAGAACAGGGAUGGCGGUUUCUCCUGCUGGAAGCAACGGCACGCUCCUGUCACAUUGUCCUUCCUUCCAGAGGGAGAGGGAGAGGGUGCAGAGCAGGGCUCCUGCCUUCUCCAGAGAGUGAUGAACUGUGGAUGCUGGUGAGAUGACAGGGUGAUCGCCGGGUGCCCUGUCGUGUGGAGGCCACGCGUCAACAGCCAGCGGAACAGCAUGGAGAAACGUUCAGACAUUUGCAGGCGGAUUAACCGUGUUCAUUGGGUUGAUGGGUCUGGAUGAGUCUCCUCUUUCUGGUAGAACACAGAGGGGUUUAACAUACUAUGCAAUUAAAUUCUGAAAAGACUGUUACAUCAUUUUAGUUUCUACUUUGCAUCCUCACGGGUGAAGAACUGGGCAUCCCACAAAAACCCACUGAAGGGAGUGGGAGGUUUCGCUGAGGUUUCCACAUCUGAAGUCUGUGGGUUCCCCAGUCCCGACCGUGUACCAUUAGCUUUAACGGGCAUGAUGCCAUUGCUUCCCAAGUGCGUCAGGACCCACUUUUUCUUUUUUUUUUCUUUUGUUUUUUUUUUGGAAGCCCACCUGCUAAGUGAUGGCUGUGAAACGCACUGGUAGCCCAGUUUCAUAAAGGGACAAGCAUCCAUUUCUCGCAAGCUGCCAUGACAUUUGUUGCCAGUCUGGUACUCUUGGUAUAGUCGGGAUUGCUUUUUUUUUUAGUGAGAGGAUCAAACACGCGUGUUGCUGCGCAGUAUCAAGCAACAUUUUCCUUGAAAUACGGAGCUUGUGUUUGCAACCCUCAAUACAAGCGUGUUUAGUUUCAGUGGUCCUGCAGAGGGGGCAUCCGUGAAGGUAGCUGGCAGCCAGUAAAGACAAGUUGCAGAAACACCCAGGUCAGUCAGUAAAACGCCGUAAAACGCAGUGCAAAAAGGUCUCUUACCUCUUGCUCCAAAAUGGUGACAAUCACACACGGGUGCAUCGUCUGGCAGGGCGCUCCUCCAGCCCCUGCAGAUUUCACCUCCGAGAUGAAGGGUUCCGUCUGUCAAGACAAGUUUUUGCAGGAUCCCUGCUAACGUAGAGUCUGGGUUUGGGAUUUUUCAAGGAGGCCAAGAGGGUCGAUUGCCCUGUUUCCCCCUUAUUUCGGUCAAUUUAUUCCUCUCCUUGCCUUUGCACUCCACACAGAUCAGCACACGUCUGUGUAUGCACACAUUAGCUAAGAAAAAACAAGUGCCCGGUUGAUACUCCUUCCCACCACCCGAAAAAAAAGACAAAAAAAGGAUCAAUUUUAUAUAUAGCUACAUAUAAAUAUAUGACAUAUAUAUAUUAAUAUAUAUAUGUAUGAAAUUGCUGAAAACAGUUAAUUUUUUUGUAGUUUUGAUGAAAAUCAAAUUGCUCAGAAUGAAUACAAAAGCUUUAAACAGGAAACAUUGGUUUUGUUCACCGUAAAACUGUUGCAGCUACAUGUUGUUUGAGCUGGGAGAGAAAAGGUCUUCAGGAUCUUGUAUUACCUAGCUACAGAUUUUUUAUUUUUUUCUUGAUAAACCCCUGUUGGAGUCCUUCUAAGUGCAAUUGUGGUUUGGGGGAAGGCUGAGAUGUUGAGAACUAGAUGAGCCAUACAAAGCUACAUCCCCUCCCGUGCUGGAAGUGAUGCUUCCAGUUGAAGACUGUGAGAGCGUUGAGAUACAGGCUUUGUGGGGAGAGCUUGCGCCAUUGCUGGCUGCUCCGUCUCUUUACGAGAGCGGAGAGUCUCUAGGAUUUGUCCCCUCUUGAGCCUUUUUGCUAGCAAUAAUUUUCUCUUGAAAUACGCGACGUACUACUUCCAAACAAAGGCUGAAAUUUUUCGUAGCAGCCUGGGAAGACCGAGAUUCUCAUUAUUCAUUAAAACUAGUCGGAAGCGAGUAUCCAAAUCUGCUAGGCAGCUUGGUAGGUCUUGGUCAAAUAGCACAGAAAUUAAGUUUCCUGGCCUUAUGUGUAUCUCAAAGAAGCUGGCGUGCACAUACAGCUCUCUCAUCACUUUGGCUCACUUUAGUUUUGCACGUUAUCCUUCUUAUUUUCUCUCCACGUUUUCUCCUUCUCAUCACCUAGUAUUAGUAUGGUAAACCCUGUUCUUUCAAACAGGAAUCUCCUUCCUGUGUGUCUGGACAGCAUCUAGAUCAUUCGAAAGAUGAAUACACAGUGCUAAUAAAACCCAGCUCCGAUAUACUCUGUCUUAAAGUACCACUAUGAUACGCCCUUGAUUUUCCCAGCGCAGCUUCGUUAGGCGUUUUGUCGAAGACGGCGCUUACUGUAUAAAUUUUCGCUGGUCGCAUGAGGACCGUUGCUGAGGAAGAGCUUUCUUGCCGUGCAGCCCAAAUCCUGCUUGAAACAAUCAGUUCUUCUGAGACCCACUCAACUUCCAGCAACAGUAAGUUAAAUUAAGUACAGAGUUUCUGGCACGGAUGCUGCUGAGUUUAGUGCCUUUGAGGCAUACCAAUGAGGUUAUUAGAGGUCACUUUUGUGCAAUUUAUUUUUGCUGCUUUUUUUAGAGUGGUAUUAACUAUAAUAACUGACGGACUCAAGGAGAGAAGUGUGUAAAUUGUUGUGAUAUACAAACAUUUUUUCCCCAGAGAAAUUCUGGUUUAUCACACAAGCCUGUAAAUAUGUAUUUACAAUUUUAAAAGCACGUCUUUAUGUCCCUGGUUGUAAAUGCUCCGUUUUUAAAGUUUUAUAACCUGUGUUACUCAACCAAGAGACCAGAGCACACGGCUUUAUAUUGUACUGGUCUGUUUGAAGGAUCCAUUACGGUCUAAGCUGUGGCAGAGAAUUAUCCACGCCACUGACAAGAAAUAACCCGUGGUCGCACCAGAUUUUCAUCAUUUUCCCUCAGAUAACAAAUGCAGUUUUUUGGGGAGGGUGGGGGAGUUGAUUUUUCUUGCAGAAAAAAGCAGCAGUUCAAAAUGGUGUCGUUUCUCUAGAACGAGGAGGAUAUUUUAUUCACAGGAAAUUCAGGAAAGUAUGCCUUUUUUUUCUUUUUUUUUUUUUUUUGCAAGGCAGAAUUUCACAGUUUUGCAGCAAAUUUUUAACCUCCCCCGUGCCUGCUGAUGAAACGUGAAAUUUUGCCCUUGACUGAUAUCACAAGUUCUUGUGAAAAUUCAAGGAGAGGGUGGGGAAAAAGCUCAGGUUUUGCAUGUAGGAAUUUGCGAGGCCGACACCGGUAGCUCUGCAGUGCUCUCGUGACAAUGCUGAGGCUGAAAAGUUUAUUAAAAAUAAACUGUGUGGAGAUGUGGUAUUACCUGGUUGGUGCUGGCGUUCUGAACAUCGCUCUGGAAGACUGAAAGCUCUGUUGUCUGUCCGCCUUGUAAAGAAAAAGAACAACAAUAAAUUAAUGUGACAAGCCGCGUCAUGGAAAC